AUGUCGUCUGCCAGCUUAGGAAAUGGGGGAGUUGGAAGUUCCAGGUCUGUUAAUGGUUUCAAAAGUUCGUCUAGUUCAGUGGAUUGGCUGGGCAGAGAGAUGCUUGAGAUGAGAUUGAGGGACAAGGUGGACCAUGACGAGGACAGAGAUAGUGAACCUGAUGUAAUUGAUGGUGUGGGUGCAGAAGCAGGACAUGUCAUAAGGACUACCAUCGGUGGCCGAAAUGGUCAAUCUAGGCAGACUAUCAGUUAUAUAGCAGAACACGUGGUUGGAACUGGUUCUUUUGGUGUUGUCUUUCAAGCGAAAUGCAGGGAAACUGGAGAGAUUGUCGCCAUUAAGAAAGUGCUUCAAGAUAAACGCUACAAGAACAGGGAGUUACAGAUUAUGCAGAUGUUGGAUCAUCCAAAUAUCGUUGCCCUUAAACACUGCUUCUUUUCCACAACAGACAAGGAAGAGCUCUACCUGAAUCUUGUUCUUGAAUAUGUUCCUGAAACUGUUAAUCGUAUUGCUAGGAACUACAGCAGAAUCAACCAACGGAUGCCUUUGAUAUAUGUCAAACUCUACACAUAUCAGGCUAGUAAGAGAUAUGUAGGGCUCUUGCCUAUAUACACAACUGCAUCGGUAUUUGUCACCGGGACAUCAAGCCUCAAAACUUACUGUAAAUUGUUCAUUCCCCAGGUGAAUCCAUCCACACAUCAGCUGAAACUUUGUGAUUUUGGGAGUGCUAAAGUGCUGGUGAAAGGCGAGCCAAAUGUUUCUUACAUAUGUUCAAGAUACUAUCGUGCUCCAGAACUGAUAUUUGGAGCUACUGAGUACACAACUGCUAUUGACAUCUGGUCUACUGGUUGUGUGAUGGCUGAGUUGCUACUUGGGCAGCCUUUGUUUCCUGGUGAAAGUGGAGUCGACCAACUAGUUGAGAUCAUUAAGGUUUUGGGAACACCGACCAGGGAGGAGAUAAAGUGCAUGAACCCAAACUAUACAGAAUUUAAGUUCCCUCAGAUAAAGCCUCAUCCAUGGCACAAAAUUUUGUCUGAAAUUCUCAUCCACCAGGUCUUCCAAAAGCGUUUACCCCCAGAAGCAGUGGACCUUGUCUGUAGGUUUUUCCAAUACUCUCCUAAUUUGCGAUGCACUGCUUUGGAAGCUUGCGUUCACCCGUUCUUUGAUGAAUUGAGAGAUCCAACCACCCGCCUUCCAAAUGGUCGCCCUCUUCCUCCACUAUUUAAUUUUAAACCCCAAGAGCUCUCGGGCAUACCGACUGAUAUUGUCAAUAGGCUUAUUCCGGAGUAUGCUCGCAAACAGAACUUAUUCAUGGCUUUGCACUCUUAG